CAUGAAGCUCUCUAUGCGCUGUUGUGCUAAUAUGAAGGCCACAUGAAGUUUGGAGGUCUUUAGCUAAUGACUCUGCAGACAGUUGGUGAUUUCUGCGCACUGUGCACUUCAGCUUGGUGGCUGAGUUGCUGUUGCUUCCACUUUGUUAUAAUACCACUAACAGUUGACUGUGGAAUAUUUAGCAGCAAGGACAUUUCACGGUUGGACUUAUUGCACAGGUGGCAACCUAUCACAGUACCACGCUUGAAUUCACUGAGCUCCUGAUGGGUACCCAU